AUGAAUGAAAAACCAUAUAUACCAAUUAUUGAAAAAUUAAACAAUGACAAGAAUCCAAACUUCUAUAUUUGUGGAAAUGGGUAUAUAGCACCAUUAGACAUCAAAAGCUUAAAAAAAAUCUCUAACACAGAAAAAAAAAAUUUACAGAGAGUCUUUAAAAUGAUGGACAAAGAUAAUACAGGGAAAAUUUCUGUUUCUAAUCUUCAUGACAUAUUACAUAAAUACAAUUACAAGAUUUCUAAGAGCGAAGUUGAGAGAAUGAUAUGGGAAUUCGAUGACAACAUGGAUAACUGCUUAGAUUAUGAUGAAAUUUAUUUUUUAUAUUUGCGGUGCGUUAAUGAUAAAAAGAAGCAAAUACCCAGUGACUUAUACAAUAUUAUUCAGUUCUUUAUGUUUGAUUAUGAAAUGAAUGGAUAUAUAACUGUUGAAAAAACCUUACAAAUAUUGUAUGUGCGUUUUGGAAGAGAAAAAAUGGACUUGGAAGUUCAAGAAAUAUUUGGAGAUAAAUAUGAAGAUGAAUCAGGAGUAGAAAAACAAGUUCACUUAAAGGAAUAUUUGGAUAAUGAAAAAAAGAGAAUACGAAAGUACAGAAAUGAAAAUCACAAAAAAGGGAGAAAGGCAUAA